AUGUCUCAAGUUGAGGCCUUGUGGGAGCGGUUGGUGCGUGCAGCACUACGUAGGGAAAGGACCGGUACUGAUGCAUAUGGCCGGCCAGAGAGUGGCAUUGCUGCAAAUGUCCCAUCAUCGCUUCCAAACAACAGGGACAUAGAUUCCAUUUUGAGAGCUGCGGAUGAGAUUCAAGAUGAAGACCCAAAUGUUUCCAGAAUCUUAUGUGAGCAUGCUUAUUCUUUGGCUCAAAAUUUAGAUCCUAAUAGCGAGGGAAGGGGCGUGUUACAGUUCAAGACUGGUUUGAUGUCUGUAAUCAAGCAAAAGCUUGCAAAGAGGGAAGGUGGAAGCAUUGACAGAAGUCUAGACAUUGCUCGCUUACAGGAGUUCUAUAAGAAGUAUAGAGAGAAGCAUAAUGUAGACGAGCUACGGGAAGAGGAAAUGAAGUUGAGGGAGUCGGGUGCUUUCAGUGGUGACCUUGGAGAGUUGGAACGUAAAACUGUGAAAAGGAAAAGGGUUUUUGCAACUCUGAAAGUAUUAGGGUCGGUACUUGAGCAGUUGACUGAGGAGGUUUCGCCUGAAGAGGCAGAAAAAUUAAUUCCUGAAGAGUUGAAACGCGUGAUGGAAUCAGAUGCAGCUAUGACACAGGAUCUAGUUGCCUAUAACAUUAUUCCACUGGAUGCUCCUACCAUAACAAAUGUGAUCAUUUCUUUUCCGGAGGUACGGGCGGCAGUGUCAGCCUUAAAGUACUUCAGGGGCCUACCAAAAUUGCCAGGGAAUUUUCCGAUACCUGCUACCAGGGAUGCAGAUAUGCUAGAUUUCCUGCAAUGUGUUUUUGGAUUUCAGAUCAUACAUGUUUGCAGAGUGAAACUUGUACUAAUUGAUUUUCGGGUUUCACAGCCUGGUUUGACCCUACGAUUUAAACGAAAGGAAGCUCCUUCUUCGUCGAUCUGUGACUGGAAGUCCAUUUUCUUGAGUGAAAUGUUGGUUGUGCAGAAAGACAAUGUUUCCAAUCAACGUGAACAUAUUGCUCACCUCCUUGCUAAUGAGCAAAGUCGGCUUCGUGUUCCUGAAGAACUUGAACCGAAGUUGGAUGAGACUGCUGUGCAGAAGGUAUUUUUGAAGUCCCUCGAGAACUACAUAAAGUGGUGUAACUAUCUGUGUAUCCAACCAGUAUGGAGCAAUCUGGAGGCUGUCAGCAAGGAAAAGAAGUUAUUGUUCAUUUCUUUGUACUUUCUGAUAUGGGGUGAAGCCUCCAACGUUCGAUUUCUUCCAGAAUGCUUGUGCUACAUAUUUCACCAUAUGGGAAGGGAAUUGGAAGAAAUACUACGGCAGCAAAUUGCGCAGCCAGCCAGCAGCUGUGUUUCCGGGAAUGAUGUUUCCUUUCUUGAUCAAGUUAUACGUCCUCUCUAUGAGGUGGUUGCUGCGGAAGCUGCAAACAAUGAUAAUGGGCGAGCACCUCAUUCUGCCUGGAGAAAUUACGAUGAUUUUAAUGAAUAUUUUUGGUCACUUCAUUGCUUUGAACUUAGUUGGCCAUGGCGCAAAACAUCAUCCUUCUUCCUAAAGCCAACACCGAGGUCAAAGGACUCUGUUGGCUUACUGGAUAGGAUAAUUAACUUCUAUGAUGUUCAAUCUUAUAAUUCGUUAUACUUCUUGCAUAUUGAAUUCUCUAUUCAUUUUGUGAACACCUGGAGAUAUACGCACUAA